AGCUUUUUAGAGGCGGGAUUUGUAGCAUCGCAGCGAUCAUGCUAGUGAAAGGAGUCAUGUCUCAUUAGUUUUGCUUACUCGCGAAUUCACAGAUAUUACUUAUUAUCGCAUUAUUCUUUUGUUUUAUACACUUAAUGACAAUGAAAACAUAUCAUUAAGCGUGAAGAUAUUUAUUAAUUUUCAAAGAAGACUCGAGAGGAGAGUUGGUUGUUGAAGUAGCCGUAGGGAGCUAACGCGGCUAACCGCAUACUCACUACCUACCAAUACGACCAACACACCACACCGGGAACACAGGUCAGCGGUUUGACGGUUCUGCAACGAAAAUGGAGAAGGCGGAUUUCUUAAAAGGACUUCCAGUCUACAAUAAGAGCAACUUCAGCAGAUUUCAUGCAGACAGUGUUUGUAAAGCAUCUAAUCGGAGGCCCUCUGUGUAUCUACCAACCCGCGAGUAUCCCUCGGAACAGAUAAUUGUAACAGAGAAAACAAACAUCCUACUGCGUUACCUCCAUCAGCAGUGGGACAAAAAGAAUGCAGCAAAAAAAAGGGAACAGGAACAAGGUGAGGGCGAUAGCCCUGCCCCUCCACGGAAGAUCGCAAGAACAGAUAGCCAAGAGAUGAAUGAGGACUCAUAAUUGUAUAUGUGCCUAAUUGUGUAUGAAUGUGUGUGUGUGCGCGUGUGUGUUUGUAUGUUUACACAGGGAGGAGCCAAUAUGAAUUAUGAAAAAUAACUGUGGUGAGAAACAAAUACUGAACUUUGAAGUAGAGGUAAAAGAACUCAACACUCUACUCAAAUCAAAGGCUUGAGGUGAUUUUCUUUUUAACCAUAGAACAGUGUUGUAAUACAGAGAACCAUUAAUUUAAUCUUUAACUGUUUGAGUAUUGUAACCAUUCAUUCUCCUGAUCAAACCCAUCACUGCAUGAGGUAACAGUAAUAUAAUUAAAAAAAUUAAACAGCUGUCCUCAUGUACAACAAAGAAAGAGAGAGGGACGGACUAAGUGAGCUAAGGUUGAUUUGAGCUGUCAAGUAAAAAAAAAACAAUAAAAAACGUUUCAUCUUUAAUGCAGACGUCUGUUUGAGUUUCCUCUGGAUAACAAGUGGUCUGCACAUUAUUGGAGAGUCAAAAGAUGCUCUUAGAGAAACCUGUAUCAUACAAUUUGGCACAUUCACCGAGCCUCUUAACGUGAAGGUCAUGUUAUGACUGUAUGAAUGCAUUUCAUGCACGAUGCACUUUUACGAAAGUAAUAACUGAGAAAAUGAAAAGAUGUCAGUCAUGAUGUCUCAGAAAACAAAGCCCCCUGAUACAUCUGGUUAACUCGUGUUCAUGGCUGUGCCCUGUGUGAAAUACCAUACAUGUAUAUGUGUGUAUGCAUGCAGAGCUGUGUGAGUGUGUCUGUUGUACACUGUGUGUGAGUUGGGUUUAAUAUUUGGGUAAAUGUGUCAAAAAUACUUGGAUCUAAAAUCUGAGGUUGACAGGUGACGUUGGACACUACUCGUCAAAGCAGUCCGGCAUCUGAUCAGCGACGGUGUAGCCUCCUGUCUCCUGAUGAGUCUGGUCUGAUUUGUGCAAGGUAAAAAGGUAACAUUUUUGUAAAUGUUUAAUUUUAUUAUAUUUUUUAAUUUUUAUGUACAGUAUGGCUCUGAGCUUCCUGCCAGCCACCGUGCCCGCCCUUCUCAGUUUCACUGCCCUAUUGUGCGACCACAAGGGGGCACUGCAGCAUUUCAACAGAAUUAAGGAUGCACUGUGAAGAACAGCACAAAGUAGAACACAACCCAUUGGGUGUGUGUGUUUAUGGUAAAUAUUCAUAUCUUCCUAUUGUGCAAGGUUGACUGAGGGGUAUUUUAUCAUUAAGCGCCACCUACUGGUCCACCCUGAUUUUUUUUUUUUAAAUCAUCAGGGUAUGUAGAAUAAUCCAUUAGAAUUGCUGCACCAGAAUAUGACAUUUUUUGGGUUUUAUGUUGUGCCUCCUGGUUCCAGCACAAAAAAGAGAUGAGAAAUGUCUUUUUUUGUUUGUGUGUCUGUGUUAAAAUAAUAACAAAUGGCCAUGUUUGUGUCUGACCUUUAUAAAAUAUAAUUGAAAUCUGACAACUUGUGUAUAAGAGAGGAACUCCAGUGUCUACUGAAUGUUGUUUUGCAUGUAAAUGUUUCAUGUGUGGGUCUUAAAUGCCUGGAACAGGAAUACAAACUUCCAGGUUGUUGAGUUUGCGACUGUGGGAAAUAUUAGCUGGAGGCCUUACGACCUGUCACCAUAAAUUAGACUCUUUGGCUCCACUGUCUCAGGGCUGCUGGAUAUCUGGCGUGUGCCCUGCCUUUGUGACACCAUGGCUUUGUUAUUUUUCAGAGAUACAUUUUGGAUAAAUUGGGGUGUUAAAAAAGGAUGCUUUAUUUUUGCAGCUAUGGAAUGCAUGAUAAGCAUGCAAAUGCAGCUGCUGUCCUGCCUCGUUUGCGUCCUUUACAGAACUAAAUAAAAUCUUCUCUUUUUUUUAAUGUUUUCCAAUAGACUCAAAAGCCUCUUGUAGUUCCCAGGUAAAGCUGAGAGUGUGAUAAAGAAAACUCUCGCUUCCAUUUUCUGUGCUCAGACCAUGUAAUGCAAUUGCCUUUUAGACUUCCACUCCACCUCUUCCUCGUUGCGUCUCACGUCUGGAUAAGAAAUGUUCUUUUCAAGCUUUGCUGGAAUAAAACUGGAUUCAAACUG